AUGUCCGCCCCGCCGCCCCCCACCGAGCCGGCCUCGGCCCCCGCCGCCGCCGCCCCCGCCGAGCCGGCCACGGCCCCCGCCACGGCCCCCGGCCCUGAGCCGCCGGCGGGCGGCGGGGACGCGGCGGCGGCCGAGCACCGCGCCCUGGUGCUGACGGGCUUCGGCGGCUACGAGAAGGUGAAGGUGCAGGCGCGGCGCGGCGGCGGCCCGCGGCCCGGCGAGCUCUCGGUGCGCGUCCGCGCCUGCGGCCUCAACUUCGCCGACCUGCUGGCGCGGCAGGGGCUGUACGAGCGGCAGCCGCCGCCGCCCUCCUGCCCCGGGAUGGAGUGCGCCGGCACCGUGUGCGCCCUGGGCGACGGCGUCCGCGGCCGGCAGGUCGGUGAUAGGGUGAUGGUACUGGCUAGGUCAGGGCUCUGGCAAGAAGUCGUGAAUGUGCCAGCUAAUCAGACCUGGUUGAUGCCCGAGGGAAUGAGCUUCGAGGAAGGAGCUGCUUUUCCUGUCAACUACAUUACUGCCUACAUGAUCCUCUUUGACUUUGGAAACCUGAGACCCAACCAGAGUGUCCUCAUCCACAUGGCUGCAGGUGGUGUAGGAACUGCUGCUAUUCAGCUGUGCAAGACAAUAGAAAAUGUCACCAUUUUUGGCACAGCAUCUGCCUCCAAGCAUGAUGCACUCAGGGAGAGUGGCGUUGCUCACCCCAUUGACUACAGAACGAUGGAUUAUGUAGAAGAGGUCCGGAAAAUCUCUCCCAAAGGUGUUGACAUUGUCAUGGACCCUCUGGGAGGAUCUGAUACAUCCAAAGCUUUUCACCUCUUGAAGCCAAUGGGCAAACUCAUAACUUACGGAGUGUCAAACCUGGUUACUGGGCAGAAGAAGAACCUCAUGGCUAUGGCUAAAACCUGGUGGAACCAGUUCAGCAUCAAUGCCUUGCAGCUCCUACACCAUAAUAAGGCUGUGUGUGGCUAUGACCUUGGAAACUUGGAUCAAGAGAAUGAGCUUCUUGGAGGUGUUAUAGCCAAGCUGAUUAACCUGUACAACCAAGGCAAGAUCAAGCCCAAGAUAGACUCUGUAUGGCCCUUUGAACAGGUGGUAGAUGCCAUGAGGCAGAUGCAAGAGAAGAAGAAUGUUGGGAAGGUCAUCCUAGUUCCUGAAGUACCAAAGGAAGAAUCCAAGAAAGAAGAGAACUAAUAAGGAGAGAGAUCUGUGCAGAUUGUGAAUUCAUGGUUUAAUUCCCUGAUCUCUUUGGGACCUGGAAAUGGACAGAUCAAUAGCUUUCACCUUCAUCAAUACAGGAGCAUCGUGGUUAAAGUUCAGAUGAGGUUUGCAUGCUCUUGUCAUGACUGGCCCUUUGCCAGAUAUGCCUCUUGCCCUAGCUUUAUGUUUUGGAGCCUGUUUAUUUCACAUACUUUUCUAAUCACUUGUUUCUCUACUGAAAUUCCAAGCUAAUCUUAUUUUCCUCUGGCAGUGCAACUGAAGCUUCCAGACAGCUAGUAAUUAGCAACUGCCUAGACUAUAGCUGUAAAAUGGAAGUGUAAAAUAUUACAGCAGCUGCCGAGUAUCUCCACAGAAACUGAGCCCCUGUAGUAGCACUUGCCCUGUCAACUUUGAGAAGCAUGUUCAGCAAAGAAUGGGCCAAACUGUGUAAGCUUCUUAAGUAGCCAGAGAAAAUGUGUCUGGCCUAGUCUUAUUCUAGCACUGGCUACUCUGCAAUUUACAGUUAUUGCUCUUUCCCUUCUACUUUCACAGGCCUCUAAUACCAGUGUGAUAGUAACAGGUCAUCUUGUCCUUGCCUUGUAAAUAAUCAGCUUGGCAUUUUGGAGUCUGUAGCGUAUUGCACUCUUAAUUUGCAGUCACUUCCCUUUGCAAUCAGCAAAUGACUUGAGAGGCUGGUCUGCUUUGUGUCUAAAUACUGAAUAAUUAUUUCAGUUAGCUACUGUGAUCUUGUCCGUUUUCUGAUCCCAAAUUAUAAAGUGAGGCCAAACUGUCUGAUUUUAGAGACCAUAAGGACUCAACUGUGUCUCAGAAAUGACUCGAACAAUUGGUGUUGGCUCUGUGCUUUAUUAAUGUUGGGCUUCACGUUGAUAUUGUUAAGGCUAAACUUCACCCUCAUGUUUGUAUUUCCAAGGGCUGCAGUGUGGAAUCAGAUGACAGCAAGACAGGGAUGAGCAGCUGUAAAGGCUUGCUUUGUGCCAUGCCCUGGGCACUGGGGAGAGAGAAGAUGAUGUGGUUUGGGAAGCAACUGGCAAGAACCAAUUCUGCAAACCUGCUUUGCAGAAAAUUCAGGGCUAGCUUAGGAUUCCAUGACAGUCAUUCAGUGAAGCUAUCAUUGAGUUGCAAAUACAGAUGGCAAACUGUCUAGUUCUAUGUCAAGCCUCUUGGCCUGGGCAUCUUGAGAAGUUUCAAUCGUGCUUUCCAUUUUCUUCUAACUUUCUCUUUAGAAAAUCUUCAGACCAUCUCAUGUGUUGUGGUUUGGUGCUGCAGUAGGAUUUUCCUCUUCUUGCCCUUAAAAUUGCCAAUUUUGGCACUCUUAGGCUCUCUUACAGCACCAAGGCCUUAGAAACCACCUGGGGUGUUCCUCCCAGACUAGAACUUCAUUUCUCCUCCUCUUCUUUUUUCCAUGCACUUGGAAAUGUCAUUGUGCAGGGGGCUAAACCUAAAUCUGUAAGCACUUAAGGUCAUGGGUGGUGCCCCUCCUUCCUGUUGUACUCUUUUUUUUUGCCUUUUUUUUUUUUCAACCCUGGGUGACUGCAUUGCAGUAUGCGCUUGCUUUAGCAGUUUGAGACUUUGUCAUGGAUUGUAGGUGCUGCAGGGUUUUAGGCUUCAUUUUGGAUUUGAAAAGGUAAAUGUGAGGGCACCGAGGAGAGCUGCCCAUUGUGGAAGAGCUUGGACUCCAGGAGCAAUGCUUGCUGCUAGGAGUGCUGCUCAACCAAACUCUAGGACGGAAAGGGUGUGCUUGGCUAGGGCCCUGCAUGUGAAGCCUUGCACUGCUCAAGAACAGUAAAACACUGCCAUGAGGGUUUUUCUCUGCAAGUAGCAAGAGAAUACGGCUUCUUCCUCUGUCAGCUAUAUCCUCUACAGGAGAAAUAAAUGGUGCUCCUCCCAUCUAUCAGUGCAGCUUGUAUUUCAGGUGCUAGCAGUCCCUAGUUUUGCUACCUAUUAAAGAUACAUAGACAUGGACUUCUGUGCACUUGCUCUGAUUAACUUUUAAAUAUUAAAACAGCCCCAUAAUCUAGGACCUUGGAAAAGGGCUGGUGCGCAGUCACAGAUCCGUAUCUUUCCAUUUCUUGUACUUGUUAUGUGAACUUCAUAAACAUGUGAAAUUCAUAUCACAACUCAACCUUUUCUGAAUCUAAAAUCUUGCUGCUUCUGCUCUCAACCUUCCUCUAUCCUGCUAAUUUAGAUGAAAUGAAACAGUGUCUAAUGCUGCUUUACCAUGUCUAACAACAGAACGACUGUCUAAAUUGAUGAGAUGGAAAGUCUGGACCUGUUCCUCUGUGAAACCUGACUUCACCUUGAUGAAAGCGCAGCAUGCUCAAAUGGCACACAGCACUGCAAAUCUUCAGAUUCUGCAAAUGUGUAAAGGGGGAACUAUCCAAUUGUGUUUUACAGUAACAUCUUUUUCUGCUUUACUCUCAACCAAGUGCAUGCCUAGUGCCUUACUUGGAUGGCCUUAGAUUAGGCAGCACAGCAAGGCUUAAGGCUUAAGAUGGACAUGCUAGUCCAUCUUAAUAUAGAGUGAAGGAAGAAAGUGGGAAUCUUGAAACUGCUUGUAGGACACCUGACAUAUGCUGCCUUAUGAUACACCACAGAAAACAGUAUCUCAGUGCCUUCUCUGCAUGCUUGUAAUGACUGGGAAGUCACCAGAGCCUUUCCCGUUCAGGCCUUUCAAAUUACUGCCAAAAACCUUUUGUGAUUCUUGCUAGCUCUGUUUUGUGAACACUGGUGAUGUAAUUUGACUUUCCUUGAAUGCGACACCCCUCUUUACGUGUACUGCAGACUUUCCAGGGCUGUCUUGGAUGUUCUGUGCUCCUGAAUCCAGAAGAGUUGUAUUGUAAAGCAACUGUCUCCCCCAUAAUGACUGUUUGGCUCAGAAUCCCUCUUCAAGUGAGGCAUUACCUGCUGCCUGUGCCUUGGCUCUCUAGAAACAGUCAGGGCUCCCAGCUCUCCUAGAGUAGCUGCUAGUAUAUUUUCUAUCUACAAAUUUCUGAAACCCUUUCCAGCCUAUGAGUUCUGAGCAAUUACUAUAGUCUUCAGUUACUGAAUUUGACUAUUUGUUUGGUCCCUCAGUAGCAACAAUGCUUUCUACAGAAAGGCUAGGAUUAAUUAGUGAGGCAGUGAAGAACAAGGUUUUAGUGCUCUCUGUUUUCUUCUUAUAAUAGUCUUUUUUAUGGACAAACAUUUUUAUGGGCCAAUAAGUAUGAAACCUAUGUCAAACAACUUAGUGUCUUAACUCAUUAAAGUUAACCAGCAGGUUGUGUAUCAAGGACCAAAGCAAAAAAAUAGUAUUAAAAAAAAAAUCAUUCCAUUCCAGAUGUUGCUUAACUGUUUAGGGCAAACUCAUACUAUCAGGAAAACAGGAGAUUCCUGUGCUUAAGCUGUGCAUGCUGUUCCAGAUAUCAGAAGUGCAGUUUAAUGUUUAUUCUACUGAUUGUCUGAACCACAGGCUGUGCCAUGAGUAGAAGAGGCCAGGUGAAAAGCAUGAGUAAUGAGUUCCUGAGCUGAGAAACAAAGGCUUCCUUCACCCUGCCCCUCUGCCACUUGCUCUGCUGUGUAGGCACUGCAUUGGGUGUAUGUGCUUAUGUUACUAAAGACAGGGGUAACUGUUCAAAUGCCACUCCACUGUCAUUACUGUAGUUGCCUUUUUGGACUGAUAGUUUUGGCAGUUCUGGUCUUAGACAAAAUGCAACUCUUUUGCUAUCACCAGGCAGCUUUAGUCAAGUUUUUGAUUCUGAUUUCUCUCAAGCUCAUUUGUGUUGCAUGCUAACUGUAGAAGAGAAAGGGAAGCAGCCUCUGCUUGCAGAGAGGAGCACAACCACUACUAAAAUCUGUACCAUUAACAAAGAUUGAAGAUACUUGGGGGGGGGGGGCAAGAGUUUAGCUGUAUAUUUCAUUUCAGAAUACCUGUGUUAUAUGAGAAUUGUGUGACCACUGACAAGUAAGAAGUGUUGUGGGAAUCAGGCUUUAAUCAGUGCAGGAUCCUGGCCCGCUAACAGCUGCUACUAUAGGUGUAAAACCACUGUUGUUGCCAAAUGAAGUCUCUGCUGUUCUAAGCCCUGGUGAUGGCAAAGUGUGACUGGCAAGUAGUAUGCAAGUGUGAUGUAAAAUGCAUUAGACUCUGAGCCUCUUACAACAUAUGGUCUGGUCUGUACAGUCUGAGUCAUGCUGAUUUGCAGAUCUGUGUUACGAGUGACACAUCCUUACAGACACUUGGAAAAAUCUUUGUUUAAAAAAUAUUAUUCCGCUUUGCGCGUGUAACCAAGUUGGACAGAAAGCAAGUGUGCCAAUGCUGUUUACAUGACUAUAAUGUGUAAUGCUCCUCUGUCUAAUGUUACCAUAUGCCUUAUGUGUUUCAAAUGUUAAUUAAAAGCAUAACAAAAUA